AGCUCAUCACAGCUCAGCUCAUCACAGCUCAGCUCCUCACAUCUCAGCUCCUCACAGCUCAGCUCAUCACAGCUCAGCUCAUCACAGCUCAGCUCCUCAGUCACAGACAGCCAACAGCAUGGACACCAAGAUCAUCCUCCUUCUCCUGGUCACAGCCCUCGCUGCUCUCCACACCACACAAGGGUUUCCAGCAUUCCCACCUAUCUCAUGUUGCACCCGGGUGGUUAAUUACUUCACCAAACACCUGGGGAAACGGGUCACGAAAGUGGAGAUUCAGAAAACUAAUCACUGCACGAUCAAGGCCGUUGUGCUUCACAUACGCAAACGUAAGCUUUGCGUGGAUCCCAAUAACAAGGUUCUGAAAAAGUGGCUGAAGGCGAGAAAGAUCCCCAUGUGAGGGUGUGCGAGCGACGACCAGGACGAGGGGAGGGGAAGGGGAGAUCCCGGAUGGAAGUGAACCCCAACCACGGAAAGCCCACAUGUGCCACUUGCUCCGAGGCCUUCAGUCAUCCAGACACACAGGCCUCUCGCCUACACCUGUCCCGAGCACCAACUGAGCGCAGUGAUUCGGGCAGGACUGCACUUUAAGACACUCACACUGUGAAACGUUCUGUACACGCCUUAUACACGCCUCUUACACACUCUGUACAUGUGUGCAAUGCAAUAUUUAUCACCGUUGUUGGUCAGACCGAUUUAAUAAAUAACAGUUUUUGUUAA